AUGCAGUUGGAAGAAGUGGAAGAAGAAGCAUUUACUGACUACAAAAGAAAGCAAUUUUCCAAGACGGUAGGAUUUGUGCAUAUACAGAUCAAUGCCAUAUGUCUUUCUGGAGGAGCAGUGAAAUGGGAGUGUAGGGAAGAUAGGAAUGGAGCAUUUGUGGUAGAAUGGCAGAAGGAAGAAGCUGAAGUAGAUGAUAUUCAUGUAGCAGUUCUGUUGGCAGUUAGAGGAGCUUUGGAGGUAACUGGAAGCAGGAACUGGCAGAGAAUUCAAUGGAGCAUCCCAAAUGAACAGACUCUACUUCAGCUUCUUUCUCACACAAUGGCUGGGAAAGGCGAAGGUCCCGCUAUUGGAAUUGAUUUGGGAACGACGUACUCAUGCGUCGGCGUGUGGCAGCACGACCGUGUCGAGAUCAUCGCCAAUGACCAGGGCAACAGGACCACGCCGUCCUAUGUCGGGUUCACGGACACCGAGAGGCUCAUUGGUGAUGCCGCGAAGAACCAGGUUGCUAUGAAUCCGACCAACACUGUUUUUGAUGCUAAGAGGCUGAUCGGCAGACGCUUCACAGAUGCAUCCGUGCAGGGCGACAUGAAGCUCUGGCCAUUCAAAGUCAUCUCUGGUCCAGGCGACAAGCCCAUGAUUGUCGUUAACUACAAGGGCGAGGACAAACAGUUUGCUGCCGAGGAGAUUUCCUCAAUGGUCCUAAUGAAAAUGCGUGAAAUUGCCGAGGCCUACUUGGGCUCAUCUGUCAAGAACGCUGUUGUCACUGUCCCUGCCUACUUCAAUGACUCUCAGCGCCAGGCCACUAAGGAUGCUGGUGUCAUUGCUGGUCUCAACGUCAUGCGAAUCAUCAACGAGCCCACAGCUGCAGCCAUUGCGUACGGUCUCGACAAGAAAGCAACGAGCGUUGGCGAAAAGAAUGUCUUGAUUUUUGAUCUUGGAGGCGGCACUUUUGAUGUCUCUCUCUUGACCAUUGAGGAAGGAAUUUUCGAGGUUAAGGCCACUGCUGGAGACACCCAUCUCGGAGGAGAAGAUUUCGAUAACCGAAUGGUGAACCAUUUCGUUCAGGAAUUCAAGAGGAAGCACAAGAAGGAUAUCACCGGCAACCCGCGUGCUCUUCGCAGGCUGAGGACCGCUUGCGAGCGUGCGAAGAGGACUCUCUCGUCCACUGCCCAGACCACAAUCGAGAUUGACUCUCUCUACGAAGGCGUUGACUUUUACUCCACUAUCACCCGUGCCAGGUUCGAGGAGCUGAACAUGGAUCUCUUCAGGAAGUGUAUGGAGCCCGUCGAGAAGUGUUUGAGAGAUGCCAAGAUGGAUAAAAGCACUGUACACGAUGUCGUCCUCGUCGGUGGCUCGACUAGGAUCCCGAAAGUUCAGCAGCUUUUACAAGACUUUUUCAACGGGAAGGAGCUUUGCAAGAGCAUCAACCCUGACGAGGCUGUUGCUUACGGUGCUGCUGUCCAGGCCGCCAUUCUGAGUGGCGAAGGUAACGAGAAGGUGCAAGACCUUUUGCUUCUCGACGUAACUCCUCUUUCUCUCGGCCUCGAGACUGCUGGAGGUGUGAUGACUGUCUUAAUCCCGAGAAACACUACAAUCCCGACGAAGAAGGAGCAAGUCUUUUCUACCUACUCGGACAAUCAGCCAGGUGUCUUGAUUCAGGUGUAUGAAGGAGAGAGAACGAGGACCCGUGACAACAAUCUGCUUGGCAAAUUCGAGCUUUCCGGCAUUCCGCCGGCCCCACGUGGUGUACCUCAGAUCACAGUCUGCUUCGACAUUGAUGCUAACGGUAUCUUAAAUGUGUCUGCUGAGGACAAAACAACCGGUCAGAAGAACAAGAUCACUAUCACUAACGAUAAGGGCAGACUUUCCAAGGAUGAGAUUGAGAAGAUGGUUCAAGAGGCUGAGAAGUACAAGUCGGAAGAUGAGGAGCACAAGAAGAAGGUCGAGGCGAAGAAUGCGCUCGAGAACUAUGCGUACAAUAUGAGGAACACUAUCAAGGAUGAGAAGAUUGCUUCCAAGCUGCCUGCUGCUGACAAGAAGAAGAUUGAGGAUGCUAUUGAGUCGACCAUUCAGUGGCUUGAUGGGAACCAGCUGGCAGAGGCUGAUGAGUUUGAGGAUAAGAUGAAGGAGCUCGAGGGAAUCUGCAACCCCAUCAUAGCUAAGAUGUACCAAGGUGCGGGUGGUGACGGCCCCAUGGAUGAUGAUGAGGUGCCUCCGGCUUCUGGAGGAGCGGGUCCCAAGAUCGAGGAGGUCGAUUAAAUGAAUGGCUUUGGGAUUUGGGGUUUCUUUUUUAUUUAUUGGUUUUUGUUGGACAAGGUUAUUAUUAUUAUUAUGAUUAUGAUGUUUUCUUGGGAUAAUUGUGGCUUUUGAGAGAGUAUCUUUGGUGCUCGUCUCUUUGGCCUUUUGCGUUUUUGAUUCACCUACGAUGAUGUUGCUAUGGUACUAUGUUGAAUGGAUGGUUUUUUGUUUUGAAAUUUCUGGAGUUGUGUUUUUAGUUUGCUGUUCAGAAUACUGAAUCUUGAUGACUGUGAUUUUGAUUUUGAUUAAGGGAUGGAUGAAGAACUCAUUUUUGUUCCCUAGGAAAAAUAGGUAUUAUAAAUUAUUAUAAUGUUCCUUUUGUGCUUGCUACAUUUGAUGCAACUUUUUAAAGCUUCC